AUGAACUUUUUUGUCAACGACAAGCCUCCAGGAGUGCCGCAUUUGGUGGUGAAGCUGUGGAAAGUGUUGGGUGUAUCAGACGUGAACCGUGAACAUUAUCGAUGUGUUCCUAUAUUUGCUACCUUUCUGCUGAUCAUUGCCAUUCCGAAAAUCUGUUUCGGAUAUCCCGACUUCAAGUCCGGUGUCAUCGGUUUGGCGGAGUUGGUUUGCCAGACCAAUCGCUUCGUCGCAGUGCUGCUGCUUGCGCUGUACAGAGACGUAUUCUACGAGCUAAUAAGACAGGCGGAGUGCUUCACUCGAGACGUGCUCAGUGGAUCGCCACCAAUCGCCAAGUAUCUGAAGAUGCAGGACGCUCGGAUCAACAAGGUGAUGAAAGUGUGCCUUUUGUCCAUACUUGUGCCGGCCAAUUUCUACAGCUACUCGCCCAUCCUGUCCACUCUGUGGAAGUAUUACAGUGCACCCGCCAAUGCGACCGAUAUUCAGUUUACCCUGUACAUGGAGGAAAACUUUUACGGUCUCAACGUUCGGACGUCGCUCAGCGAUUACCUGCUAUUCGGCGCGUUCAUGGUGCCGACUUCGUUUCUGUGUGCGUUCGUCGGUACCGCCAAGCUUGUGUCAAUCUUGGCCAUCAUCAAGUACUGCACCGUCUACUUUCAGCUGGUGGCGCUAAAAAUCCAGGACACCGCUCGUCAGCGAUCCUUCCGCUCCGAGCUGAAGACGAUCGUCCAAAUGCAUCAGGGUGCCCUCAACUGUGCCGAACUGCUUCGAACGCUAACCGCUCCUGUGAUGCUGAUUCAGAUUAUCCUAUGUGUUCUGGUCUGGAGCUCUAUGUUGCUCUACUUCACCGUAUCCGGCUUCAGCACCCAGUUCAUCAAUCUGUUCGUUCUGUUCAUGUUUGAAACGAUCGAAACCUUCGGCUACUGCUACUUGGGCAACGACCGAGCCGACCGGGCGACCGAACUGACACUUAUGCUCUCCGUUCUGGAACAGUCAGUGCCGGUGACCAAAUUCUAA